AGAGUAACCCGUUCUGUUACAAUUAAAAAAGUAACUGAUAAUACAUGUGGUAGACUUGACGAUGUUAACACUUUUUGGAAAGAGCUCUUGGAAGGACGACGGGUAAUGAAUUGUGAAAGUGUCCUCCAUGAGGUUUUCAAUAAAGAUGAAAGGUGUUUCCUCCAAGAAGUGCAUAACGCACUAGCACAACUGGAUUCUUCUCGUGAGAAUUUGGUCUGGGGUGCGGAGGAGUCUUCCACUAAUUCGUCUGGACAGUUGGGAUUCCUGCUACCAGAACCAAGUUUGCAUAUCCCGACUGUGGGGGUCGUUGACGAAAAUUCCCAAGUUGGGGUAACUGAAGAUCAAUGUCUUUGGGUUCAACAAGUUCCGGUAAGCCCACCUUACCAGAAAAUAGCGAUAAAGGGAAGGGGAAGAUGGACACCGACAAUGAGGGUCCCUAUCUUGGAUUGACUAUGGCUUGC